AUGAAAAAAUUACAAUUGAGAAUUAAAGAUUAUGAUAACAAUUAUGUUACAUUAAAUAACAUACGAAACUUAAGGUUUACUUUACGCAACAAUAGAGAAGAGAUAAAAGAAAUCUCCUCUCUUGGUUGGCGAAAGGCAUUAGAUUAUGCUGGAAGUAGAUAUAUAACAAUAAAAAUCAACGGGAUUUUAGACUGUAUGAUAGCUGAUAGAUUACUACAUAACUCUGCUAUGUUAAAUUCUAUUAAUGGUUAUGAAAUAAAUUAUGGUGAUGAAGAGAAAAUUAGUUUGCAAUGUUCAGUUGAAUUAUAUGAAAGAUAUUAUGAUCCGGCUGCUUUUGACAAUUUUACUGUGACUUUAACAAGUACUGGAGUUGUAAAUACGUUCUUUUUAACGACAACCGAAAAUCGAGAUUUAAGGGACGUUUGUUAG